AUGGGUCUUGUUGAUCCCAGUUUUAUGGCUCCUGUUGCCCGACCCAAACCCUCUACUGACUUCCUGGUCUCAGCCCAGAGGUCUCCCAUAGAGAUUUCCCCAUUGGGACCGAGUCAAACCCUUCUUGAGGUCGAUGUAGCUGCAACACCCAAAGACCCAAAAUCACGACGGCGUUUUCCCCAAAUUUCUCGAAGCGCUUUGUAUACGGGCUUUUUGGGGACUUUCCAGGGGGUGAUGAUGAGUUUCCUCGGUGAUGGGAUAUCUUUGGCCCCACUCACGGGCAAGGAAAUACUCGGCAUUGGAGUCAAAGAAGAGUUCAGCGAAGAUGUUGCCGAAGAUACAUGCCUGGACAUGAAAGAGGAACCACUUGAUUAUGGAGAUGAAACAAGAAAUGGUGUGUGUAACGUGAAUGUGUUACAUGGAAGUCAUUUCUUUCAUAACCUUCAUGAUCUAAGACCUGAGGCACAUGCAAAAGACUCAUGUAACUUGGUUCAGGAUGGUAAUGACAUGUCAAAAAAUCUGUUGAGGUACAUGAGAACACAUACAAAGGAAAAGCCAUACAGCUGUGAGAUUUGCAAUAAGGCCUUCUCAUAUAAAAGUAGUCUAGAGAUUCAUAUGAGAAGGCAUAGAAAGGAGAAGACAUACAGCUGUGAAAUUUGCAAUAAGGCCUUCUAUUUGAAAAGCCAUGUAGUAAGGCAUAUGAGAGUGCAUACAAAAGAGAAACCAUACAGCUGUGAGAUUUGCAAUAAGGCCUUCUCAUACAGAGCUAGUCAAGUAAGCCACAUGAGACUUCAUACACAGGAGAAACCAUAUAGUUGUGAGAUUUGCAAUAAACACUUCUCAAAUAUAUCUAACCAAAUACAACAUAUGAGAGUACAUAUGAAGGAGAAACCAUACAGCUGUAAUUUAGAAAAGCACAUGAGAGUACAUACAAAGGAUAAGCCCAUGAGCCAGAUGCAUCUUACUUAUUAA